AUGUACAAUACUUUGAGCUAUAUAGGUCGUGAGGAGCUCAUUAAAUAAAUAAAAGAGAGCAUCUUUUAUUUUAAUCCUUAAAAAAUCUUGGAGAUCGAAUAAUCAAAAGAUGCAAAAAUUGGGUUUAUAAAUAAAAUAAAAUCAAAGAAGAUUACAAAAAGAAUUGCAGCAACAUUAUCUUUUGAUUAAAUUUCAACAAAAGACUAUAACAGAUAUCUUGAAGUAAAUAAUAAGAAAGAUUAUUAUAAAUUUAAUAUGCAAAACUAUGGAGUAUAUGAAGCAGCCCUAAUUUCUGAUAUUGAAUACUUAAAGGAAAAUAUCAAAAAUAAACUUUUGUAAUAAGAAUUUAAGCAAUCUUUACUUUAUACUUGUUGUAGAUCUGGAUUCUAUGAAUGUGUAUAAUUAUUACUCGAACUUGGUUUUGAUAUUGAAUCAAAAGAAGAGACUAAUACUCUUUUACAAGUGGCCAGUUAUUAUGGACAUGAAAAUGUGGUUGGACUAUUAAUUAGUUAUGGUGCUAAUAACAAUAUUAAAAUUAAUUAUAUUAACUAUCCUUUAGAUGAGUCUAGAACAGAUUAGAUAAAAUAAAGAAUGAAAAGGAGUUCAGAGGAUAAUAUAUUAAAAUUUUUCUAAGAAUUAAAACAAGCAGGAUUAGCUGAAAGUAUUUAAAGAUCAAAGGAUGAUAAUAUGAUUAGGAUCUACAGAAAAAUAAAAGGUGUUGACUUUCAAGCAUUAUUAAAGAACAAAAAAGAAUAUAGUCAUUGCUAUCAUGGGACUUAAUUUAAAUGUUUAAAACCAAUUUUAGAUGUGGGAUUAUAAUAAGCUGGUACAAAAACUAAAUAUGGAACAGUCGAAACACAAGAUGAUUAUUUUUAAGUAUAUGAGAGAAAUGGUGGAACCAAUGAUUGGAGAAAUGCUAUUUUCACAACUCCAAGUCCUUUUUAUGCAGCUGAGAUGGCAUAUUCAGAGAGAAUUUAGAGUAAAAGUCAAAAAUAUUGUUGCCUUAUAGAAGUAUUUAUAAAAUAAGGUACCUAAUAAGAAUUCAAGUCAACAAUUUUAAGUAGAGAUUUCUAGAUUUAUAAUGAGCCUAUAAAUAUUGAAUAUAGAAUUGAAUACAAUUAGGAUGCCCAAUUAAAUGAAAAAAUUGAGGAUAUAAAUAAAUUCAUUGUGAUUUCUGCAUUAUUUUUAAAAGAGUAAUAUUUACAUGAACAAACAAAUUAUGAUGACUGCUAGUAAUUACUUGAUAAUUUUAGUCCUUAAGAGUUGUGA